AUGCCCCGAAAACGCACCCGCGACGAGAUGGAGGCCUCUGCCCCCGAAGAGAAGAAGACGGGGCCUUCCAUCUUGCAGAGAAUACGGAACAUGUGGGAAUUUGCUUCUAUAAUGCAGUUCAUCUUCAUAUUUGGCAAAGCAAUCAAGAUCGACGAAGACUUUGACAUCGAGGACUUUGAGGAAGAAUGCCUGAAGCCUGGUUACUCCGAAAAACUCGAAGAAAUAGGCUUGACCCUACUCAAAUGGAUCUCGUCACAUCGUGGUCUUGACUAUACCAUCUGGGACGAAUAUACGCGGCGUCAGUAUCUGGCCAAGGCACCCCAUCUCAACCCUUAUGGUGAAGAAGAGACCCCAAAGCGAUUCCGGGAUUUCGACAUUUUCACCAAGAUCAGAGUGCUGCACCAGUUGACGGUAUGGACUUUUUGGAAUCCCGAUCGCAUAAGAGAGAAGAUGCCCGACCAUCCGCGUGAGGUCGAUCAACUAGAAUGGCGAAUCGAGGAGUUUGGGUAUGACGGUGACGAUCGACAAUACUACCUGCUGGAUGAUAAUCGAUUCUAUCGUCGGACAGACCCUCCCCCGCCACCAGUGCCGAAAGCCAAGCCGAAAGCCAACUCCAAGAAAGCAAUUGCUGCAAGACGAAGAGAGAGUAAACGGAGAAGGCUGGAGGCUGAGUUAGAAGACACUGCAGAUGAACACCACGAAGGGAACGACGAGAGCCACAUGGCCGAUGAAAAGACGCAAGAGCCUUGGGAGAUUGACACCUUUGGCGGUUUCAAGUGGGAGUGCAUUGCCAUCACUCUUACAGACUAUCGAGAAUUAUGCGAAUCGCUGAAGAGAUCUAAAGAUCCCAACGAGAAGUUUCUACGAGAACGUCUUAUUUCGGAAGUAUUACCAGUUAUCGAAGCUGCUGAGGAGAAGCAGCGACGCAAGAUCGAGCGGCGUCAGCGCGAACUUCUAAUGAUGGAAAGAAUGGUUGGAGCCAAGAGAUCGAGUCGAUUGGCAGACAAACAUGACCGCGAACGACGCGAAGCCGAAGAAGCCGAGGCCGAGCGGAAAAAGCAAGCUGACCUCGCCGCUGCCCAUCGAGAGAUGGAGAGACAAGAGAAAAUGGAACAAGAACGUCAAUUCCGGAUGUUGACCCGAGAGCAGCGCAUUCGGGACAGAGAAUACAAACGACUUCUCAAGGAGGAAGAACUUGCUAGAGAUGCCAUCGAACAAAAGAAGAUCGAGGAGGGUGAAAUUCGAGGCUCGGACCGCCAUCUCAAACAGCGCAUCGAAAAGAAUAAGAAAGAACUGGAAGAUCUCAACAACGAGGAAGAAUGGACCUUUGACUGCUCAGGCUGCGGUGUCCAUGGUAAGAAUAUUGACGAUGGUUCACACAGUGUUGCCUGCGAGCGAUGCAGCGUAUGGCAGCAUAGUAAGUGUCUGAAUAUCUCAAAGUCUGCUGCAGAGAAGGACGAUUUCCACUUUGUUUGUAGAGACUGCAGACGAAAGGAAGCAGAAGCAAACAAGCCAAAGAUCUCACUCAAGUUCAAGGUUGGCACUUCUUCUUCACCUGCACCUCCGAGCCCAGCGCUUCCGGUACCACAGUCACCACAGAAGUCGAGCUUCGCCAGCGUUGAAAUACCCAGACAGAAUGCGGCUGGGCCGUCCAGCCAAGGUUCAACAAUGAAUGGAUCCCCGGCACACCAAUCAUCGCCGUCUAGUCGCCCACCAAGCUCUCCAUAUCAUCCUCGACACAUUCAGAGUAACGGUUUCCCCCAGCAAUAUCCACAAGGUGCGGGCAUUUCGCAGCAAGGAUCACCAUCAGCAGGUCUGCACCAACAGCCCAGCGGCUCUCAUCAGUUCAUUCAAUAUGUGCCUGGCUAUCCUCCACAACAAUCGGCACAUAUGGUCGGGAAUGGCUUCGCUAGAAAUCCCCCUCAACCGAGUGCGCAUGCGCCUUCUCACAAUGGUACUGCUUAUCAAUUCCAAAACUAUCCUUACGAGCAACGACAUCUGGCAUCCGCACAGGAUAUGCCUCGCCAGCAAACACAGUCGCCCGCAAAUCGGCAAGCAACGAACAGUACUGGCCGUCUCCCGUCUCCAGUGUUCAAUCGUCCGAUGAUGUCUCCUACUCAGGGUAAUAUGGACGUCGGACCCGUUGCAGGGAUCCCUCAGAAAUCUCCAUCUCUCGGUCAAAAUGCCACGAAUGGUGUAUCUGUGAACGGCUUGCAGCCUCAGCCAAACGGUGUCGCUAGCCAAGUCCAUGCGACGCCUCGAGCCUCGUCCCAGCCUUACGAGGCUCAGACCCCUACUACACAGCCCAUCUCCGGACUUUCACCAAGGAAGCAACCUACCCCCCAACACUUCCCGCCUCCUUCCAUCAUGAUCCAGAAGCGGAAUAGUAUGUCCCCGACACUGCAAGCGAGUGCUGUGGCAAGUGGACAUGCCGAGAAAAGGACAGUCAGCGGCACACCUGUUCUUCCACCGAUCGAGAACCUCCGACCUAGCCCCGAGCAGAUGAGGAAGAUGAGCAGCAAUGAACCUGUUCCGACACCGAGCAAGCAACCUCAGCCAUCUCCGACCAUGGCGGGUGCCGACCCUGGCGAAUUUUCCAAUUUCCACAGCAGCAGCUCGCCCCCUGAUAAGAUGGAGGAUGUACAGCAUGUCACCGGUGCCGAGGUGAAGACCUCAUGA